AUUUCUAUCUACUUGUACUGUACCUGGGCAUGCUUACGUCACGGCAAGACAUCGCAUGUUUUCGCUUCAAGGUGGAACAUCCAAAUUGCACUACAUCUUUUCUAUGUUGUAUGUGUUGUGGAUCUGCUACGCUGUGCGAACCAUCGACACUUACAUUAGCAUGGCUCUCCUUGUCCCUCACCUGUCAGGUACUUAAACAUGGGUCAAAAUCCGUCACACGAGGCCGUACAUGCCUCCAAGGCCGAGCUUACAGCGCAUCUCGCCGACAAGUUCGCCCGUAGAUGCUACGAGCCUCUGGAGCUCUACUCCUUCAAGGACAACUUCAAGUCUCUCGCUGAUCGCGAGGGCGAUGUGCGCUACCUCAGGGAAGAUACAAUUGCACGCUUCCUCGAGGUGCCUGACAUACUCGCUGUCUCGCCUGUCAUAUUUCACAUGAUCUCCUUUAUUGGUGCUUUUCCUUUUCUCAACGAUGCCCCCGUUAUUCUGGGCUUUGACCAGAUGAUUAUGGUUGUCGCUAUCAUGACUGAGCGCUACGCCAAGGUCCUUGCCAAGGGUGCUACGAACCGGAGAAAGCUGUUGUUCAAAAGUCUGGCCGUGUACGAUCGUAAACUGUCCGAGAUACAGAAGCAGGAGCCCGCUCCGGAGAUAGAUCCCAGUCAAAGAGGCACUGCAAGCCACGCACCUGGAUUUGCGGUGGAUCAAGCUGUCGACGGUGAUGAUGAUAAUGAUGACUAUGAUGAUGAUGACUUGGUCAUGUCCGCCUUUGAUUCCCUUGAUAUUAAUGAUGCUUUCAGAACAGGAGAUGUUCACGCUGCCACCACACAUGGCGCCAUGAUCCCAGCCGAUAACUUUCGAAGACUGAUCAUGUUGCUUCUAAUAGCAGCGCCGCUCGGUCCACAGGAGAGUCUAUCAGCCUAUACAGACCGCAUCAGCGGUCCUGCUCUCGAUAGCCUUCGUGCUACCGCCGAGAACGUGUUGUCUGCUUUCAUCGAUGUAGAGAAGUCGCCCGGCAUUACCUUCGCCCAGUUUUCUGAAGUUCUGCCUACUAAUUUCCCGCAUCUCUUCAAUGGACUUAACCCGCUAUUUGAACAUUUCCUCUUCUCUAAAAACCUGGAUCUCUCCAAGCGUAAGGACAGCACAGCUACGCCCAUACCCCGAAGUCUUGCUCCACCACCCCUUCUCCAAGAUAAAGGAAAUAUCUUGAACCUAGACAUUCUUUCACAGCUAUCGUUCUUCAUAAAAGGCGACGACCUUUUCCGACGGUUACGGCUUCUUUACUCUGGCGCAGAUUCGGGUUAUUCGAUGGGCAGUUUCGAGACCAAAGUGUUCAACUGGCGCGCCCCUACUAUCCUUCUGGUAUCAGGAACUCGCCUCGAAAAAGACGGGCCAAAACGCGGAUCUGAGGGCGUGUUCAACGAAUCUUUACCCCCGCAACGAUUUCCUAACGGUAGCAGCCCCGAUCGCAACACCGUGGUCUUCGGUGCCUUACUAAGACAGCCAUGGCGAGUGACAAACAAAGAAUGUUUCGGAGCAGAUGAUAUGGUUCUAUUUCAGCUAGCUCCGACACACGAUGUUUUCUCGGCAUCCUCGAUGAACAAGAAUUAUGCAGCGUUCACUAAGGCGCCCUCAACUCAUCCUGGAAUCAGCUUUGGCUCGCCACCCCCUGCCUCAAGCUCAUCCUCGCGCCAUGCUCCACUGAGGAACUUAGGACCGGUAUCCCUUGCGCUCGACUCAAGUUUCGAGUUUGGCGUCUUCAAUCAUGAUUUUACGUCACGCGGCGGCGCCUUUUCGACCAGUGUCUCGCGCAAGUUCGACUUCCAAGAGCGCUUCUCCAUCGAUGACAUCGAGAUUUGGGGCUGUGGAGGUGAUGAGGAGGCAAGGAUUCAGAAGGAGCGUUGGGAGUGGGAAGCGAGGGAGGCUGAAGCUAGAAGGCGUGUUAAUCUGGGCACCGGUGACAUUGAAGCCGAUAGAGCCCUUCUUGAAAUGGCCGGUCUGAUUGGAUCGAACCGGAGCGGGGGCUCAAUGGCUUAAUUAUUUAUCUUUUGUCCUUCCAAAAUUGCUCUGAUGUAAGGCGUUUUGAAAUUCUAGAUUUGGCGGUAGGGGUUUGGGUUUGGGGUUUGUUCAGUAUGCUGGCGUGUAUGAUAGAGUAAAGAUGAGAAACUCCGUGUGAUAUCCAUGGGAUGGUAGGCAAUGUAGAUUAUCUCAUAUGGGGC